AUGGGAGUGCGGUUUGCGUCACAGUACAAGAAGGAGCACUACGUGGACCCCGAGCCCCAAAUUGGUGACUACCCGAACUUGCCGCAUAAGUUUGCUGAGGCUCGGCCUCAUCGCGGCUGGUGGGAUAGACAGAUGCGUCGUAAUUUCGGCGAGCCCAUUGCUGAGCAAGAUGAGAUUCUUAACAUGUGGGCGCCCACGCAGUACUGGUCGCCUGGAUGGAAGCAGGUUGCAAAGAUGUGGACUGGCGUUAUUGUGACUAUUGGCUCUGUGUAUUAUUUGAUCUCGCAGGCCAGAUCCGAGAGACCCUAUCUGCGCGCGUAUUAUCCCAACGGACUCAAGGAAGAGCUCGGUGGUGUUCCGGAGGCAUCAACACCCGGAUCCAAGUAA